AUGGUCAAAGGACAGCUACAAGCCGGUGCGGGGAAGCCGGCCAAGAGCCGAAAAGAUCGCUUUGUCCCUGCCAUCUCACGCCCGGGGGUGAAAUGGCAUGAGAUUCAGUAUCCCGAUCCAGAGCUCCGUUUUGAAAAGCUAGCUGUGGAGACCCUCCCUGACCCCCCCAAGGACUUCACCAUCGGCGGAAAACGAUAUACAGGGCUCACCAAGGGUGGGCAUGCCAGAAAGGAGGAUCUCGAGCUGUUGCUGCCGUUCCUGGACUGGGGCUUUGAUCAUGAUCUGAUAGUAGGCGAAGCCACCUGCGACCAGCUGGGCGCUAUGAUUUUCAAGCUUAUCUACAACCGAGCCCCUCAACAUCAGCCCCAGACCUGGAACGAAUUAUUCGACGUGACGAGAGACGCGGGCCCACGUUUGCUGUCAACGAAGAUCAACCGGCCAUGCAUCCCAAUCAGUCGGUACUACCCCAGUCUUAAAAGUGGACCGGUUAUGCAGCUUGAGCAGAACUUUCAGAGACCGCUGGACACGUCUCCAUUUCUUUCAGAUUUGUGCAUUCACCGGAUGUGUUUGCCCUCGACUGGUGGCGCUAUAAGUACCAAUGUUACUUUGCAACCUUACCCUCAGAAUGAGAACAGCACUAUACUUGAUUCGAGUCUCUCACUUCCAUCGUCUCUUCCAGUAAUUCCACUCGCCGCUCAACCCGCAAGCAUGAUGAUUUCGCACAACGACCCUUCCGACGAAAAGACCAAGUCGGCCCAGUCUUUCGGUCUUUCUCAGAACACACCUGUAGAUCCAGCUCAGACAACCGAACCUUGUCUCAAGAUCGAAGCUACAGAGCACGCCGUCUUGCAGGGUACGAACUCGAACAACGACAUCACCAUGGGGGAGCCGCUGUCUCAUGGUCGAGAUCCCGUGUCGUCUGACGAAUCGAGUAUGCUUGAUGCACUGAUUGUGGUCGCCCAGCUGUUGAGGUUGGACUCAUCAAAGGACAAGUGUGAUGAGAGCGAGAGACAGACUUUCGACGAAGCGGAGCUCACCUUUUGCGAAGCUAUAAACCAAGACUGGGACACCUGCACCCACGAAGAAGGCGCUCGACUGAUAACUCGCCUCAAAGCUGAACUGGAGAAACUCAACAUCAACAUUGAUACAACCCUCAAGAACGUGCGAGACGCGUGGAUGGCAUUGACGAAGUCCUUCACCCAGUUCGACUAUUUGUCUGCGAAGAGAUACUUCGCGUGUUCCUGUUUGCCUGACCAUCUCCAAUUUCCCUUCGUUGACGAGGGGCUUGCUGUGAAACACCGCAUAUUCAUGCCACUCGCUGAGAGCGCCGGCACAAAUGAAGUGACCAUACAGGAUCUCCUGGGUCGUUGGUUUGGAAGGCGGUGGAGCGAGGAUUGUGUCCUCUGUAAAAGGCCUGGCUCCGUGGAUACGGAUACGGUAUUUCAGAGCACUCCCUUGUGUUUAGUGGUUGCCCCCGAUCUCAGAACCUCCCUUCAUGAGCACACGCGUGAGAUCAACAUCGAAUACAUUGACUUUACAGGCACUGUAUGUACUGCGUCCUACAGGUGGAUAGGAGGCAUCUACUGCAAUGACAGCCGCCUACGUGUCUACUGGACUGAUACUGAAAUUGGUGAGCACGAUAGUGGAAAUAUCCGUGCUUAUGAGAGCCGUCUGAGAUCGGAUAUCAUGGUCCAAUCCAACGCUCAGCCCAAGCCUUUCAAUCGAGUGCCCUCAGCUUGGUGGGAGAAUAAGUCUGUCCCACUACUGUUCUAUGAGUUGAUCUGGAGACCAGAACCCGAGCUCUUGAGAAGACCCACUGAAUUCCUUGGUGACAUGGUUGCAGAACUGGAUAACCCUGAACACCAGCUGAUGACACAGGCAACCAUGACUGCCAGCCUUGCAGUUCCUGCCCUUCGCAACCAGCUAAUGACACCACCGACCACUACUUCCAGCCCUGAAGCUCAUACUCCAAAUAACCAGCUGAUGGCACAAAUGCCCGUUCCCCUCCCCAAGGUUGAUGCCGCUCACAGCCAGCUGAUCACACCAUCGAGCCAUGCAGGGCAGGAGGAGGUGCAAUACUCGGAAUCUCCAUAUGGAUAUGGCUACGGCGACUUCAUCGGCGAGGAAGUUUUCUCAGUCUUCAGUGGCGGUCACAUGGCCAUGGACGCUUCUUUGCCAUCAGUCCAGGCACCAGAAUAUGAGUCAUACACCCAAAUUGUUGAGGCGGAUCUCGCAAUGAUCGAAGGUGGUUUUGAAGAGCUGUUGAACAAUUCCGCUCUGCAGAUUGAUUGGUCUUUGGUUUCCGAUGAGCCUGAUUAUUCAGCCUCUGCUGAAAAUGAUGUGAGGUAUCAGCAGGAAAGUACUGAUGGAGUGAUGCAGGAUGUCUUUAGAGGUGGCGAUACCGAUGACUUGAAGACCGUUGAAGAGUGA